AAACUUUGUGUUUUUGUUCUCCAAGUUCAGUUCAGUGCUCUCCACUCUGCACACAGUUCCUCUCUGCUGCUCUUUUUCUUUUUCCAUUUCCCCCCCCCCCCCCCCCUCAAUUGGUUUUGGUUGCUUGCCUGGUGGUUACUACUGUGUGUGUUUCCAUGGGGGAUUUGGACACCGGGAGGAUGCGCUUUUUGGAGGCACGGUUGCUCAAAGUUGUCUCUUCGGACAGUCCGGGCUUCUUUUAGUGGACACACUGAUGCUGUUCGUGCUGGAAUGAACAAUGGUGCGGCUGCUUGGUGCUCUGGCCGGAGGCAUGCUCUGCUUUCGGCUACUGUUGCUGUGCGUCGUGGAGUUGGCGCUUGGAGCCGGGGUUUCCACUUUCCAGGGUUUUUAUCUUCCACCUGCGAACGGGUCGCUGCUCACACCUGCCCGGAGGACGGACGGGGUCGUGCGGACCAUUGACAGGAUUUACCACGGGGGAGGAAAGGUGGGCUACCUGCUGUACCUGGAUGGGAGCCGAUUCCAGCUGGACAUGGAGCGGGACGAGUCGGACUGCGUGUACCGCGGGACUGUGGACUCCAACCCGGAGUCGCUGGCCGUGUUCAACCUCUGCGGGGGGGGUCUGGAGGGCUUCUUCGCCGUGAAGCACACGCGCUACUCCAUCACGCCAAUCGUCAGAGCGAAGGGACACGAGCACGACGCGCGGGCGCUGCGAGACAAGGACACGGACAGCGCGCUCCACGUGUUCACGCGGGACAGCUUCAGCUUCGAGGCGCUGCGUGAGGGGCGCGAGAGCUGCGGGACGCGGGACGGUCGCAGGGGGCGCAGGGACGCGUCGGGGAGGCGCCGGAGCAAGAGGCGGGAGGCGGACGAGCACGGCGCACGCGGGGGGGGACGGCGGAGCCGGCUCGCGGAGCGCGGCGCGCGGCACAAGAGGUCGGUGUCUCGCGCCAGGCACGUGGAGCUGCUCCUGGUGGCGGACGACACCAUGGCCAAGAAGUACGGGAAGGACCUGAACCACUACCUGCUCACGCUCGCCUCCAUCGCCUCCAAGUUGUACGGCCACGCGAGCAUCGAGAACCCCAUCCGGCUGACGGUGGUGAAGGUUGCCACGGUAACCGAGAAGGAGAAGGGCCUGGAGGUGUCCAAGAACGCGGCGGCGACUCUGAAGAGCUUCUGCAAGUGGCAGAACCAGCAGAACCCGCUCGACGACGACCACCAGCACCACCACGACGCCGCCAUCCUCUUCACCAGGCAGGACCUCUGCGGGCACCACUCCUGCGACACGCUGGGCAUGGCCGACGUCGGCACCGUCUGCUCUCCGGAGAGAAGCUGCGCCGUCAUCGAGGACGACGGCCUCCACGCCGCGUUCACCGUCGCGCACGAGAUAGGUCACCUCCUGGGUUUGUCCCACGACGACUCCAAGUUCUGCGAGGAGCGCUUCGGCGUCAACAGCGACAAGCGCCUCAUGUCCUCCAUCCUCACCUCCAUCGACGCCUCCAAACCGUGGAGCCGCUGCACCUCGGCGACCAUCACCGACUUCUUCGACGACGGGAACGCCGAGUGUCUCCUCGACUCCCCCCGGCAGCCCCUCCUGGUCCCCGAGGAGCUCCCCGGCCAGAGCUACGACGCCGUCCGCCAGUGCCGCCUCGCCUUCGGCCCCGAGUACACGGUCUGCCCCGGCAUGGACGUCUGCUCCCGGCUGUGGUGCGCCGUCAUCCGCCAGGGCCAGAUGGUGUGUCUGACCAAGAAGCUGCCGGCGGUGGAAGGGACGCCCUGCGGGAAGGGACGCAUCUGCCUGCAGGGGAAGUGUGUGGACAAGACCAGGAAGAGGCACUACUCGGCGUCCAACCACGGCAGCUGGAGUUCCUGGGGUCCUUGGGGUGCCUGCUCCAGGACUUGCGGAGGCGGCGUGCAGUUUGCCCAGCGCCUGUGCAACAACCCGCCGCCGCGGAACAACGGGCGCUACUGCAUGGGGAAGAGAGCCAUCUACCGGUCCUGCAACGUCACGCCGUGUCCAGCAUCGAAUAAGAAUUACCGGCAGGAGCAGUGUGAGGUGCGUAACGGCCCUCAGACGGAUCCUAAAGGGGUGAAGACCUUCGUCGAGUGGGUGCCAAAGUAUGCCGGAGUCCUCCCUAAAGACGUGUGCAAGCUGACCUGCAGAGCCAAAGGAACAGGGUACUAUGUGGUGUUCUCUCAGAGGGUGGUAGACGGGACGGAGUGUCGACCGUACAGCAGCUCAGUGUGCGUGAAAGGGAAAUGUAUAAGGACAGGAUGUGACGGCAUCAUUGGCUCCAAGCUUCAGUUUGACAAGUGUGGAAUAUGUGGAGGUGACAGCACGGGGUGUAUACGUGUUGUUGGCAACUUCACCAAGAAGAGUAAGGGCUAUACCGACGUGGUGAAAAUCCCUGCAGGCUCCACCCAUAUUAAGGUUCGUCAGCACAAGGCCAAGGACCAAACCCGCUACACCGCCUACUUAGCGCUCCGGCGGCCCAACGGCGAUUACCUCCUAAAUGGCAAGUUCAUGAUCUCCACCUCCGAGACGGUCAUCCCAGUCAACGGUUCUGUGCUCAACUACAGCGGCUGGAGCCAAAAGGACGAGUGGCUUCACAGCAUGGGUCCAGGAGCCAUCCAAGAAGCAUUGGUGGUCCAGAUUCUAGCAACAGACGCUAAAAAGCCCCUGGAUGUUGGUUAUAGCUUCUACAUGCCACGCCGGACAACCCCACAGCAGCCGUCAGCUCCGUUAGUCCCCAACCCAAAGUCGAUCCCUGUGCAGAUUCCUACAACCGUCUCAACCACGACAAGAACCACGACCACCUCCAGUAGCACCACUACAUCUUUCCCAGUUCCCCCUGUCCUUAAUCCAGGGCCACCCACGGGUCCAGGUCCUUCCACCCCAACCCCAGGACCGCAAUGGGUAACGGGUUCCUGGAUGACUUGUUCCAGGACUUGUGACACCGGCUGGCAAAGUCGGACAGUUCAGUGCAAGGACCCGGAUGGGAAACUGUCCAAGGGUUGCAUGCUUGGUGCCCGGCCUUCUGCCUUUAAACACUGUCUGGUUAAGAAAUGUUGAACUGACAGGAGGGAAGAAGUGACUAUUAAGAAACAAUUUGUGGGAAGAAGUUAAUCUGUACCUCUGAUAAAGGUCUCAAGUGCUGGAUGUAGGACUAUGGACCGAUAAAUGUAAGGCAUCAAACCUUAAACAGGACCAGGAAUGUUGACUUAAAGCGCCUUGACCGGAUACAAAGAGACCCAGAGACUGAGCGGCAUGGUACCUGAUUAUAUGCCAGACGAAUGUCCGGGAAUCAUAAGAGCUAUGCAAGUAGGACGGAGGACAGUUCCCGUAUGACAGUGACAAGUCCAGCCCUGGCAUAGCUAAGGACUUUAUUGCAUGUCACUUGUACGUGGACAGUAACUGAUUGUCUUUACUUCAGUCUCCAAGUCACGGAGGCUUAGUAUGUGUUGCCCUGUAAUGGCAUGCGUGAUGUGUUUUUGUAUGCUACUCCAUGUCUUCUAAUCACUGUGGGGAUUCGGAAGCCGUACCCCUUUGUCUUUUGUCGUGAGUUUAUCCAAGACAAGAGCCCCAAUGAUGGGAAGCACUCGAUAUUUACAUUGUCGUAAUUUCUGCCGGUAUUGUAGCCCUGUUCCACCACUGUCAUCCAUUUCAGUCCACUGUUACCAUCUCCCAAAACUCUGACAUUUCUCUGACUGAGAGGCCGUUAAACUGAUCCCAUCCAAUCUCAAUCUUCUAAGCAACUGUUCAGAAUGAAACCAUCAAGGUCAGUUAAUGCUUGAGACUUCACUCACAACUGAUCUGUGUGUCCAGAUAUCCCCAAUCUCCAAUUUGAACUGGCCAGAGUAUGUGGGCGAAAACACAUCUGUAGAAAUCCAAUAGGGAAUGCAUUUCAAUUCACCCCUAUAAGUGACUUUUAUUUUGCCGUUCAGACUUUCUGAAGCCAAUCUUCAUACAAUCUGUACAUGGCAAAACCAACUUGAGUCGUCUCAGCAGCAGUGCUGUCAGUCGAGCUACCAAUGGUAAAACGGAUAUUUGAACAUGUGCUAUUACUGAAUUCAGACGUUGUUUCUCGUCUUCCAGUGUCCAAGAAGAUUUCAUCCUCGUAUUCUCUGCUUUGUGAUUGUGACUGAAAUGUCCAACUUUCAAGAGAUUGAAAUACUUAUGGCAGUUCUGGAUCAGGGCUACCCACGUGUUCUGACCAUAGGCCCUCUUUGUCUUUCAUUUGACUGAUCGGCCCAGCUGAAUACCAGAAAGCUUGUGUCUCAGGAUCAGGUUCUUGAGAAGUUUAGAAGAAAGGCAAGCUGAUAAUCCCCUGUAAAGUGUGGGACAGCAGAAUGGCGUUAUUGGAUUCGAAAGGGAAUCUUCAAGGACAAAGUUAAAUUGACAAAAGGGCAAAGUAACUAUGACACUCCUUAACAUUUAUGGAGGUUAAUUUUAACUCAAACGUUUGGGGAAAUGCUUGAUUUUAUGUGCGUGAGUGUAAUGUGUGUGUUUGUUUUUUGUGUGCAUGCUAAGUGCUAGCACAUCCAUGUACCAGGCUUGUGUUUUUUAAAGCACAUACAGUAUGUACUGUGAUCUUGAUGCUUCCUCACUCUCAGUUCCAUUUAUAUCAAUCAUUAUGCUGGUGCUGGGAGGUUUACAGUCCUCACAUUUUUCAUGUUGCAGUAAAUACCUUGUUUAUCUGUUUCAGAAGCAAUGCUAAUAUGACAAUGUGUGCCCUGGAUACUCGCAACGACAGCAAGAGAGACACUAAUGCAGUCAUUAAUGUCCUUUUGCAAUUCAACUCUUUCUCCUUUUUCUUUUUUUCUUUCUCAUUCCACUUGACUUUUUUUUAAAUGAUUGUUUAGCCUGUUUGCAAACCCGUUGCAACAAUUCAGAUUUUGCCACAGAAGAGAUUCAUCUAAAGGAUCCGUUCACCCAAAAUAGAGAAAGGUACCUAUUGCCAGUUAAAUUUAGAAAUGCAGAUAGUUUGAUUGUUGAUUUAUCUGCCUACUGCCUCCCCAGUCGGUAAACAGAAUUUAACUUCCCAUGACAAACUUUUUACUUCAGAAACAAUGCCUUGGAUACAUCAGACAAUCCUAGACCUCGCCGUCUUGGUUCUAGAAAGCUUCUCAAAUAUUCAUUCAAAGAAUAGUUUGACAGUGAAAUUAAAUAUACAUGUUAAUUUUCUUACCUGGGAAUAUGCAGAAAGAUUCAAUCCACACCACAGAAAAGCAGUAUCUUAGCUUAGCAUUAAGCCAUGAGGCAAUGGGAAACAGUUGCCUCCCUCUGUCCAAUAAUUAUAAAUAAACCCAUCAAGCCACUUUCAGCUUGGCAAUUGCUACAUUUUACAAGAACUUUACUGUUAAAACAACACUUUACCCCUGUUUUUGUAAUGCUAAGCUAACAGGCUACUAGCUAUAAUUUUGUAUUGAAUGGACACUUUCAAGUAGGGUAUCAUUUUUCUCGUCUAAAUCUCAAAAACAAGAAUAUUAAUGUCAAAAUAUUCAAUUAAGUAAGGAACAAAACAAAAGACAGGAUUUAACUAAGUUUAUAGGAAGAAAUUCGAUUAUUUGGUAAUUUUUUUAAUUAAGAAUGUAAGGUAAAGGUAUUGUUCCUCAGACAUUUGGCACAUGUGCAGGAGAAAACAAAGCAUGACACAAAAAAAGUUUUCAGGUCAACAAACCACUUACAAAAUGUUCUGUUUUCUUCACACAUUCAGAUUUAUUUACACAGUAUAGACAUUUUUUUGUACAAAUUAGUAGGUCUUCCAUAUGUGUAAUGUAAUAUUUACGAUAAUAUACACGCAUCAUUGAAACAAUCCAUCAUUGGCGCAGUAUUUGUAGAUUUUGGAAACCUACACACACACACAUACUCGCAACCUACUCCGACUCUUCCGGUGGGGAAACCCGUCUCGCUGAAUGACAGAAAAACACAGCACUGAACUUGUAAUUUAUUGUUUGUACAACUGGUAUGUGUGAAUAAAAGAAGCAUUGAGAUGAGUUUUAUUUAUUAUAGUAAUUUUGUAUCAAAUUACUAUUUAACUUAGGAAUAUGACUGUGCAGAUGCAUUCCUCUGUAAGAAUAUAGUGUUUUUUUUCUAGUCAUCCACAUGAAUAUAUGUACAUAAAAUCUAUAUAUUUAAAUA